AUGUGGCAUUCCGAGGAGCUGCUCCAGCGGGAGAUGGGCGAGAAGGCGCUACUUCGGAGCCUUGCGCGCUCCGCCGAGUUCCUUCUGCAGAAGCUCGAGGAGGACGGGCCAGCGGCGACGCCAUCGCUUCGUGGCCCGUGGAUCGCCGCCGUCUCCAUCCUCCUCGCGGUGGUUCUCUUCGUGGUGGGCCUCAUGUACUACGUGUAUCGCUGCGGGUGCUCCAAUUCGAAGACCAAGAGGAUGCAAGCGGACGUCUGA